UUAUUUUGAAAAGCUUGACAGUCAGUAUCGAGCGCUCUCAUUGGCUCCUCUGUCAGCCAAUGAAAGAAACUCUUGUACACAUGUCUUCCUGUCUCCAUGUGAGUAGUGCUUGUCUGCUAGUUAGCUAUUAGCUAAAAAAAACAUCAUGCUUCGUCGAGAGGUGAGACUGAGGCGAGAGUACCUGUACAGGAAGGCACAAGAGGACAGGCUCCGAACAAUCGAGGAGAAGAAACAGAAGCUGAAGGGCGCACUUGAUGAAAAUCAUCUUCUUCCAACUGAGGUACGCAAAGAAGCUCUGCAGCUACAGAAACUACUGGAGUAUGAUGAUGAAGGGGCAGAAGGUGUCAGCUCACACAUGGAUGAUGAGUAUAAAUGGGCUGGAGUUGAAGAUCCUAAAGUCAUGGUCACCACAUCCAGAGACCCAAGCUCCAGACUCAAAAUGUUUGCCAAGGAGGUAAAGCUGAUGUUCCCUGGAGCCCAGCGCAUGAACAGAGGAAACCAUGAAAUCGCUUCACUCGUGCGAGCCUGCAAAGCCAACAACGUUACAGACCUCGUUAUCAUGCAUGAAACCAGAGGACAGCCAGAUGGCCUGGUGGUGUGCCACUUGCCAUUUGGACCCACGGCUUAUUUCACACUGUACAACGUGGUAAUGAGGCAUGAUGUUCCAGACAUAGGCACCAUGUCUGAGGCCUACCCCCACCUUAUUUUUCACAACUUCACCUCACGACUCGGCAAGAGGGUAUCGAAUAUCCUCAAGUAUCUUUUUCCAGUUCCGAAGGAGGACAGCAGGCGUGUAAUCACAUUCGCCAAUCAAGAGGACUUCAUCACUUUCAGACAUCACACCUACAAGAAAACUGACCACAAGAACAUUGAGCUGACAGAAGUAGGGCCCAGGUUUGAAAUGAAAUUGUACAUGAUCAAGCUUGGCACCCUGGAGAAUGAGAGCACCGCAGAUGUCGAGUGGCGUCACCAUGCAUAUACACACACAGCUAAGAAAAGGAGGUUCCUCAGUGUGCAAUAGGAAUUAAUAAAGGAGCUAAUGAAGCAUAACCAAACUUUUGUCAAAAACUGUGCUUUUUGGACUAUGUUUUAUAAAACUCUUAAAAUGUGGAGUUUAUCAAAUGACGAGAGGUUUUGUUAGAGUAGCCUACCAAAUAUGACUAGAAGUCAAUUCAAGUCGAGGCUUUCCCAUAGUCAACAAUUAUGGUCACCUUUACAGUAAAUGGGUAAUCAAUCAAUCAAACUGCAUCAUAUCGAUCACGAGUGACAGUAUUUUAAGUAAAUUGAGGCUUUUUUGACAAACCCAUUGGAUAACAAAGUCCUAAUGCAUACUGUAUUGCCUGUAUUAAAACUGUUAUGCUAUUUUGUAAUAAAAUGUGUUUCUAAUGA